CAAACGUUCACUCUCCAAAAGUACACUAACUGUUCUUUUUUUUUUCCUACUUGCAUAAUUAAGUUGACAUAUUGUUUUCCCAAAUCCUACCAUAGGUCCUUUUUUUUUCAUAUUAAAAAAGCAGUUUCCUUUGCACAAGUAACGGUUUGAUGAACAAUGACAGUAGUGAAUUCUUCAAUUAAUCUUUUUAACAAUGAUUCACAAUUGCAUACCCAUUUAAAUAGGAAAAAAUUGUUACCUCGUAAAGCAUCUUCAAUACACCGGACACAUUGCGUUUCUUCAUCAAAAAAUUUUUUUUUAAAAGAUGAGAGCAAGGCAUCAACACGAAGAAUUCGAGUCACGCGUAAAAAAUCGUGUGAGAAUGCCACCUUUUCAGCUUCUUGUUCCAACAAAUCCCCCUUUGCUAAGACUCCGUUUGAAAAAACUAUCACAACGUUGACUGUGUUAAAUUAUAUUAUGUUAUUCAUUCAACGUUUAAUAGCGCUUGGUGCAGCUGCUAUUACAUUGAAUCUGGGAAUAAAGUAUUAUUUACUGGAUUUGAAGUGUUGGGCUUUAUCUUGUGCAGCGUUUUGUUUUCGUUUUACAUUUUAUUAUAUACUCAACUCAUGCUUUUGUUUAGCUCGCACGGAGCCAACUCGUCAAGGUUUUGUAGCCAAAGUUUACGAAAUUCUUUAUUUUAUCGGUGAAAUCUGUUCCUUACUUUAUGAACACUCCAAAUCGUUCCGAUUGUUUUCUUUACCUAGUCGAUUUUUUCACUUGUUUUAUACCAUUUUUUAUCAAUUUUUCAAUGUCUGCUUAGCUCGCGUUCAAUUUUGGUCAACGUAUGACAAUAGAAAACAAUUCAAAGCAAUAUCCCUAUCUAACGUUUUUCCUUCUAUUCCGCCUGAAAGUGUUUUGUAUCGCCUUUUCACUUUUCUAUUGCUUUGUCUUUCAAUUCUUUAUCAGCUUGUUUUUAGAAGAUUUUUUGAUAAAAUUUAUGCUGAUGGCAAAAAAAUAUCACUUGCUCGCCUUUUUUCUAUCCACCCAUCUUUAUACAAAUUCAACACAAAUUACAUACGCUUUCUUAAAUGCUCUUGGACAUUUAAUGGGAUCCUUUAUAAUUCAUCGAAACGCCCCUCAACCUCUUCAUGUUUCGUAUGCACUCAUUCAAAACAUGAAGACAUUCUCGACCAGUACCUCAUGGAUCCUUAUGAACCAAAUGACUUUCUUUAUAUCAACCCACCUCAGAGGAAAACCACAGACGAAAUCUUCGGCUGGGAUUCUAAUGAAUCGGAUAAAUCAUUUUCUUAA